AUGCAAGCUUUCUCAACGUCACUUGGGAAUCAGAAAGUGACGCUGGAAGAUCUCUUGGAGGCUGAGGCCUCCAUAAUCGCUUUUUGCCAGCAAGAGAGAUUCCCAACCGAAUUUGCUGCACUAACCUCUGGCAAGCCACAAGUGCCAAGAAGUAGCAGCAUCUUCAGAUUGGAUCCAGUUUUAGAUGGAGGACUUCUACGAGUUGGGGGACGGCUGAAUAAGGCAGCAAUCCCUGAGGACAUUAAACAUCCCCUCAUCUUGUCAAAAGACCAACACAUCUCCGACCUUAUCCUCCGUCAUAUCCAUCUACAGCUCGGACAUGGAGGCAGAAAUCAUGUUCUUUCUGCUGCAAGGAGAAAAUACUGGAUAACGAGUGGACCUACUGCAGUGAGGAGGAUCAUAUCCAGAUGCCUCAUCUGUAAGCUCCAUGGUGGAAAGGCAGGUGAGCAAAAAAUGGCAGACCUGCCAGAAGAGAGAGUGGUCCCUGAUCUACCACCAUUUACUAACGUUGGCGUAGAUUACUUUGGGCCAGUUGACGUGAGAAGAGGCCGUAGCAUCGUGAAAAGAUAUGGAGUGGUUUUCACUUGUAUGACGAGCAGGGCUGUGCACCUGGAAGUGGCCUAUUCUCUCGACACAGACUCGUGCAUCAACGCAUUGCGUAGAUUCAUCUGUCGAAGAGGACAAGUCUCACACUUAAGAUCCGACAAUGGCACCAACUUUGUCAGUGCAGAAAGAGAGCUGCGAGAAGCCUUAGCCUCUUUGAAUCACGACCGCAUUGAAAGAGCCUUGUCCAAAAGAGGAAUCAAGUGGAGCUUUAACCCUCCAGCUGGGUCGCAUCACGGAGGCGCUUGGGAGCGCAUGAUCCGGAUGAUCAGGAAGAUUUUGCGCUCGGUGCUCCGUCAGCAAACCCUGGAUGACGAAGGGUUCCAUACUGUGCUCUGUGAGGCUGAAGCUAUGCUCAACGAUCGCCCCAUCACAAGGCUAUCUGAGGACCCUAACGACCUUGAGGCAUUGACGCCAAACCAUCUGCUGCUACUCAAAGGAAAACCAGUUCUCCCACCGGGACUGUUCGACAAAAGGGAUGUUUAUGCUAGGAGAAGAUGGAAACAAACCCAGUACAUCUCGGAUCUCUUUUGGAAGAGGUGGAUCCGUGAGUACCUCCCGCUUUUACAGGAGCGUCAAAAAUGGAACCAGGAGAAGAGGAGUUUUGUUCCUGGAGACCUAGUCAUGGUUGCAGACUCCACAGCACCACGUGGUGCUGUGGAGAGGUCUAGGGGCUGUGUGGUUCAGUUGACCUCGGGUCAGCGGAGUGAGGCAUUUAACCUGAUCCCCGUGUGUUAA